AUGCCUGAUGGAGAGCUCAGUGCGUCGACGGUGGAGAAUGUCCGCGUGGUGGUUCGAGUGCGGCCCAUGGACCAGCGCGAGAAGCUGGAGGGCGCAUACAGCUGUGUCUCCGUUGAUAGUGUCAACAACACCAUAGCUGUUGCCAGGAACAAUGUGAACCCGCCCGAGCCGGCCCGCGUGUACGCUUAUGAUGCCACCUUUGACUCUAAUACUAGUCAGAUGGACAUAUACAUCCAGACCGCGUCCCCGAUCGUGGAGCAAGUGCUGAAAGGCUACAACGGCACGAUCUUCGCGUACGGACAGACCGGCACCGGCAAGACGUACACCAUGGCCGGUAGUAAUGCAGCUCCGGAGCUGAAGGGGAUCAUUCCGAACUCCUUCGCGCACAUCUUCAGCCAUAUCGCGCACGCUAAGGACGAUGAGAAGUUCUUGGUGUGCGUGACAUACCUGGAGAUCUACAACGAGGAGGUGCGCGACCUGCUCGGCACCAACCCGCACCAGUCCUUAGACGUCAAGGAGAGACCAGACAUAGGCGUCUUCGUCAAGGAUCUCACGGGCUACGUGGUCCACAACGCGGACGAACUAGAAAAGAUAAUGACAGUCGGCGACAAGAACCGCCACAUCGGCGCGACCGCGAUGAACAUAGCGUCGUCUCGCUCGCACGCCAUUUUCUCUAUCACUGUCGAGAGCAGCAAGAAAGCUGAGGGGAAGGCGAGUGUGAAGAUGGGCAAGCUGCACUUGGUUGACUUGGCGGGCUCCGAACGGCAAAGCAAGACGCAAGCGUCCGGCACCCGCCUCAAAGAAGCCACCAAGAUCAACCAGUCCCUCUCAGUACUAGGCAACGUGAUCUCGGCGCUAGUGGACGGCAAGUCCACGCACAUCCCCUACCGGAACAGCAAGCUCACCCGCCUGCUGCAGGACUCGCUCGGCGGCAACUCCAAGACCGUUAUGAUAGCAACAAUAGGCCCAGCGGACUCCAACUACGUAGAAACCAUCAGCACCCUGCGCUACGCCAACCGAGCCAAGAACAUAGAGAACAAGACCCACGUCAACAGCGAGCCGGGAGACGCGCUGCUCACCAGGUUCCAACAGGAGAUUGAUCAACUCAAGAAGCAGCUUGAAGAAAGCGCUAACGAAGUGGUAGAAGAAGAAGAGGAGGAGUGUUCGUCGGACAUGUCGGACGCGCUGUCGGACGACGCGCUCGCGGACGACGACGCGGACGCGGACCCGGAGGCGCGCCGGCGGAACCGGAGGCUCAGGCGGGAGGAGAAGGAGAAACAGAACCGUGAGAAGGCGCAUCAAGCUCGGAAAGUGCUCGAAGAGAAGAAAGCUGAAUUACAGAAAACUAAGAAGCAGCAAGAAGAGCUCAAGGACAAGCUGCAACGCCUCGAGUCCAAAGUGCUGGUCGGCGGAGAGAACCUUCUGGACAAGGCGGAGAGCCAGCGCGCACUGCUGGAGCAGGCGAGCCGCGAGCUGGAGCGACGCAGGCUCAUUGAGCAGAAACUGUCAGAGGACCUUAUCAAGAAAGAGGCUGAAAGACUGGACCUGGAGGAGCGCUACUCCAGCCUGCAGGAGGAGAACGCGGCCAAGACCAGGAAGCUGAAGCGAGCCGUGCAGCUGCUCAACUCCGCCAAGGCGGAGCUGGCGGACCAGCAACGCGAGCAGCAGCGCGAGAUGGAGGGCAUCCUGGACAGCGUGCGCGCGCUCAAGCGGGAGAUCCAGCUGGCGGACCUGGUGCUGGAUGAGUACAUACCUAAGGACUACCAGGCACUAAUAGACCAGUACGUGCACUGGAACGAGCAGCUCGGCGAGUGGCAAGUCAAGUGCGUCGCGUACACCGGCAACAACAUGAACCUGGCGCAGGACCACGCCGCCCGCCACCAGCGCCACAAGCACAUGGAACCCCCAGACCUGUCGGACCGCUACCUGUCCUACUCUGCGGCGCCGACGCGCGCGCCCAGCCGCCUGGCGCCGCCCACCGCCGUGCCGCGUCCGCACACCGCCUACACACGGGCUAAUUAAUUACAUCACCUUAGGCCGUGGCUCCAGUGGGCAGACUGUU